CUACGAACAUAAACCGAUUCUUUUCUUAGGUUCCUAACACCUUUUUCCUUACCAUGGCGGAUGUGGCGCAAAUCUUGGGCGUUGGAGGUCCGAAACAGACUGCCUCGAAUGGACCACCACCGCCGGUUCCUUCCCAUCACCAACCCAGCCGAGCUAUGCAGAUGCAGGGAAUGUCUCGACAAGUUGUGGGGGUCUUGGCUGGAAAACAGGAUCCUGCAUCGGCUGAUCUUCCCCCAGGGGUACCCGCAUUUCCAAUCAAUACCAAGGCGGGAGACAAGACGGCUGGUCAAGAGGGCUUGAUCAAGGUUGGGAACAAGUGGAUUUCCAAGUCCAAGCCGGCACGGAAAUGGACAUGGGCUCCGUUCGCCUCUAGUAGUAGAACAGACGGUGCUCUCUUUCACCAUUGGGUUCGUGCAAAUGUGGAGUAUCCCGACUACCCCUUUGCUCGCUUUGAUAUACAUCUCGACCCAGUCACAUAUUCGGAUGACGAGUACAAUCGCUUUCUCAAGAGCGACGCUUGGACGAGAAGUGAGACUGAUCACCUGAUGGAUCUUUCUAGACGUUUUGAAUUGCGAUGGCCUGUAGUGCACGAUCGGUGGUUGGCGCUGUUUCAGGAACCGUCAGACGGCGACGCUCGAAAAAUUGAGGAUCUACAGCAUCGAUACUACGAAGUGGCUGCGAUACUGACACAGAACCGCAUUUCCCAAGAAGCCGCCGCCGAGGCAAAAGCGUUAGCAGUGUCACAACCAGAUCCAUCGGAAGAUCCAAAAGCUGCAGCUGAUCAGCUAUUGAUCGAGACUGCCGCGGCGCGUGCCCUAGCGAGUUCUGAUCCUAAACAUCAACCGCUUAUGCACAACCUCGGUUCGGGGACAUCAAACAAGGUAUUUGAUUUGAACUACGAACGUGAAAGGAGAACUCAUAUGGAAGCUUUAUGGAAUCGUACCAAAGAAGACGAAGCAGAAGAAGCUGAAUUGCGUAAGGAACUCAAAUUUGUCGAGGCGCAGCUGCGCAAGGUAAAGAAAGCUGGUGGUCAUAUCCUGGCGGCCGCCGCUGGAGGCGGCAACAAGCUGUCGAAUGAUGCGUCUUCCAGAAACCCGUCGCGUUCGGUGACACCAGUCCCCAGUGCUGUUGCUGGAGCUGCCAUUAAUUCGGCUGCAUUAAACGAUGCAUUUGCGUCAACCGCACCCACACCCAUGCCACAAACACCAUACCUUCAGUCAGGGCGUCUUACACUGCCAGCAACAGGUGGUGGUGUUGGUCUCAAUAAAACACUUGUCUCUAGGAUGCAAGCAAUCUUAGUAGAUAUGAAGGUCCCUGUACAACCGAUCGCCACCAAACGCGUGUGCGACAUGUACGAUUCCGUUCGAAAAGACGCACUGACUCUGCUCAUUCUCCAAAAGAGUGCACUCCAAAAAGAAGGCCUCGUUGAGAGUAAGAGACUCAAGUUGGCGAAGAUGGGCGGUAACGUACGGGUAGUCCAAGAAGAGACUUUGAUGGGUAUAACUCCGUUACCCUCUUCGGUACCGAGCGUGACAAAUCGCAGCAAAAGUAGCAAAAAUUCUAAGACAAGCAAACCCAAAGGAACUGCAGGCUCAGCCGGAGCUGGCAAAAAGCCAGGAACUUUGAAGAAACCGACAGGGGAGAGCAAGCCUGAUACAAAACAAACACCUCCUGGCGGUAAGCAAGUCCUGGCUGGUGGUAUACCGACAAAAAAGACUGCGCCGAAACGAAAGCGCAAAGCUGAGGUCAAAACACCGCCUCCAUCAGGGACCACGGCAACGACAACAAGUUCCGGCGUUUCUGCUCCCAAGGGGUCUGCGACGAAGCCGGCGGUUGACCCCAGCAUCGGCGAGGCAAAAACAUCCGCAAAAAAGCGACCUAAGAAAUCUGCUUGA